CCGGCUGCUGCCCCGAUGCGCUGUGCCUGGAUCCCGGGCCGAGUCGCCGCUGCAGCUGUUGGGGCGCCCGGCCGGGUGACGCCGCCUCCGCCUGCGCCCCUCCCAGACCCCGCUAGCCGCAUGGAGCCCCCGGAGGGCGCUGGUCCUGGAGAGAUCAUUAAGGAGGCAGAGGUGCCACCGGCUGCCCUGGGUGUCCCAGCUCAUGGAACAGAGAGCAGUUGCCAUACUCCUGUGGCUGAGGAGGAGGUGGGCAUCCCGAUACCAGCACCAGGGCUCUUGCAGGUCACAGAGAGGAGGCAGCCCCUGAGCAGCGUCUCCUCUCUGGAGGUCCAUUUUGACCUUCUGGAUCUCACCGAGCUGACAGACAUGUCAGACCAGGAGCUGGCCGAGGUCUUUGCCGACUCUGAUGAUGAGAACCUGACCAGUGAAUCUCCAGCAGGUCUACACCCGCUGCCUAGGGCUGGCUGUCUGCGUUCCCCCUCUUGGACGAAGACAAGGGCUGAGCAGAACCGUGAGAAGCAGCCCCUCAGCGACCCAGAGCGACAGGCUGCCACUGUGGACACAUUUCUCACCGUGGAAGGACCCAAGGAGGAUUAGGCCAGUUCCAUCUGCUCCAGAGACACCACAGGGCUGAGGCUCGACCACCACCAGGGUGGCAAAGCAAGACACUUCAGACCCAGGACACGCUCCGC